GCCGACGCUCACGAUCGAAGUGCGAAAAUGGAAACGUUAUUUAGUGAGAGUUUAAUACCGAAGUCUGUAGCUAGCACAUUACCGGCUGGAUACUCUAUUCGUCCGCUCUCUCCUAGCGAUUACGAUAAUGGCCAUAUCAGCCUCCUCACUGUACUCACAAAAGCACCCGAUCCAGGUCGUCAAGCGUACAUGCAAAGGUUCUACUUUUUAAAAAAUAUCCCAGACACAUACUUUACUAUUGUUAUUACGGAUAAUAGCGGUAAAGUCGUAGGAUGUGGCACUGUUUUCCUAGAAAGGAAGUUCCUCAGGGGUCUCGGCGUUGUGGGACAUAUUGAGGAUAUCGCAGUCGAUAAGAAUCAACAAGGGAAAUCACUAGGAAAGAAAAUUAUCCUAGCCCUCACUGAAAUCGCUCAAGCUAGAGGUGCAUAUAAGGUUAUUUUAGAUUGCUCAAAGGAGAACAUUCCAUUCUAUGAGAAAUGCGGAUAUGAACAUAAGGAGUACGAAAUGGUUUAUUACACUUCCCCAGAUACUGCUUAUCAAUCUACCUCACCUUCUAAGCUCUAAAUUUAUAUUUCCUUGUACUUUCACUCGAACUGUCAUCAUGAACUUCUUCAAAGCUAGGCCGAAGACGCCUGGUGAUAUUGCUAAAA